CCCCUCCUCUCUUUCCCUCUCUCCAUUCCCCCCCGGUUCUGUACGCUCUCCCACUCUCUCUUCAGCCCAGCAGAUGAGCCGCGAUGGAUCUGACGGUGAAGGAUCACAUCAUAGACACCCUCGACGACCUGGACGACAACGGGUUUAAAAGAUUCAAGGAUAAACUGGGCGAAACGACAUUCCAGGAGCGCAAAAUCGCCAAAGGGAAGCUCCAGAAUGCGGGAAGCCUGGAAGUGGCGAGUUUGCUGGUCAGCACCUACACCAAAACUCAAGCUGCUGAGAUCACGGUAGCCUUAUUAAAAAGCAUUAAAGAGACGAGUCUGGCUGAGGAGCUACAAAAAAAGACGGCAGCCGGUAAGAUAAUGAAUAUCAGUAUUAAUAUAAUUAGGAUUCAGCCCAGCAGCGCCCCACCGCCUCGUGGCGGUUCGAGCAGACGCAAAGCUCAUGGGGCAGUUCUGAAAACACAGUGGCUUGCCAUUGAUUGGUUCUGCCUGGUUCUGAUGGCCUCUCUCUAUCUCUGUCUCCCUCUCUCCCUCUCUUGUUCCUUCUUCUUUGCAGGAGUGCAUUUUGUAGACCAGCACCGGGGAGCUUUGAUCCAGAGAGUGGUGAAUGUGGCCUGCAUUCUGGAUGCUCUACUUGGAAAGCAAAUGCUGCUCGACGAGCAGUACGAUGAGAUAAUAGCGGAGAAAGUUCCCUCCGUCCAGAUGAGAAAGCUUUUUGUGGCCUCAAGGGCGUGGGGAAAGCCCGAGAAAGACACCUUCCUUGAAGUCCUGAAGGCGCAGCAGCCACACCUCAUCAGGGACCUGCAGGGAGAAUAAACUGCCCCUUCGUCUGAUUUCCGUGGAAACUGAGCCGUCAGUCAUCGUGUCAGAGAAUUGCAGAUAGCUUUCCAUUUUUUCAUACAGUUUUAUUUUCCAUCGCCCAAGACAAUAAACGUGUUUUGUUUUAGA